AUGCGCAAAUGUGCAUAUGUUUUCUUCCACCGGGGACGCUCCCAUCACGAGGGCCACCCGGUGCCACCGGGACGUGCCUGCACGACCGGGAGCAGGUGGCCUGGCCGCCCGCGUCGGGAGUUCGAUGACGCUGCCAGCACCAGGGACAGCGCCGGCCGCGGUCCCGGCCCCCACCUGGCCCCCUCUCGGUCCCUCCGCUCCUUUGUUCCGAGGCCCCGCGGAACAAAGACUUCCGCCGCCGACGGCACGGAGACCCCGGCCUCUCCCGUCCCCGCCCCCGCCCCCUCCCCACACCUGCCGGCUUGGCCCCGCCACCGCCGUCGUCUCCACCGGAGCCGCCUCUCCGGUGCCCCUGGCCGCACACGCCCCGGCCCCCGCGCACGCCGCGCUGCCACCGCCGCCCCGCCGCCCUCCCCCGCGCGUAAGCUGCCCCGCACACACUACCCCGCCGCCGCCGCCCCCUGCUCCGCGCUCACAAAUCGCCGCCUUGCUCCUCGCCCUGCCGCCCAGACCCGCGCAAAAAGUCCGCACGCCGCUCCGCUGCCCACCGGCACCGCUCUGAGCCUGUCUCCCCACACCGUCCCCGUACUCUACUCUCCUCCACUCCCCCUCGCAACCGCCGCACACUCCUCUUCGCGCGUCCCGGCUGCCUCUCCGCACACGUCUCUGCUGCAGUGUCCCCGCCGCACAUCCAGCAUCUCCCGCACCCAUUCACCAGCGCCGCACAUGGCUCUGCCGGCCCGCGGCACAGACGAUGUUCUGCUGCCUCUCGCGCACCGCGCCACUGCCCCAGGGCCCGCGUUCCUCGGCUUCCAGAGGAGUCCCGCAAGAGGAGGAGCCACUACCGAGCGGGCACCCCUAGCUACCGGCUGGGCGAUGCGCAAAGAACAAUCCUCGCGAUGAUAAUAUUAGAAAAUGUAUUUAUUUCCCAUUAAUCGACUUUACAUGAUUCAGCCCAAGAAAGCAAGAGGUCGAGUCACCACCACCUUGAAAAACCACCACGGCUACUCCAACGCUCCAGUAGUCCCCCACGGCCCCGUUACCUGCUGAUGACAGCUGCCCUCGCGGGUACCCGUCCCAUGACAGUGACAUCUCUCCACCGGGCUGCGCCGAUCAGUAUGCCAGUCCUAGUUAGUCUCGGUUUCCAUAGGAACUGGCUCUCCCCGACUCGACGUCUGUGAUUUGGCAUCCCUGGCUCAGGGGGAUGACCGUUCUUUCCGGCUGCCUCGGUCCGCCUGGUCCUGCGGCUUCCCUGGAGCACGGGCGGGAGGAGCCCUCACCCCCAGAGCAUCCCCGCUCCUCUCGGCCGGGGGAAGGAGGGGGGAGAGGGAGGUCUUUCGGCGAUGAAAAAUGAAAGGGCAGGACGUGUCAUCUUUCUUUGUAAAGCGGAAAAAAAUUUAACUCACUCGCACCUGCCCCUUUCCCGGGAGGGCCUGGGCAGCCCAUCUGGCCUGCCUACACUGAACUGGCGAGUGAGGAAAUGAGGGGUGAAGUCAUUACAAUAAUUUAAAAAAAAUAAAAUCAGCCUAAGCUUUUUUUAUUAUUA